AUGGCCGAAGACGAGAGAAAUGUGCUUUACAUUCCGAGACUCCACUGGUAUAUUCCCAUAUUUGUUGAUUAUUCUCUGAUUGAACCGAGGUUCGGUUUUCAGUCUUCUUGUGAAAUAGUAUGCGUUUUUGGUGAAAAUUCUUCAAAAUGAAAGGCCUUUUUUGAAAUCCAAACUUGUUUCUAUAGCCAAAGUACUAAGACUUCGAGCUUUUUGAAAAUCAUUCAAAUCGGCUUCAAAGCUCUGAGAGCCUGAUUAAAAUAUGAUUUCUCGAGGAAGUUUGGAUGAAAUCUUCAAAACGGCCUAUUUAGCUAUAAUUUAGAUGAAUUUUUUCCCCUUGAAAAGUUUCUUUUUUCACAAAACUAAGAAACUUGAAGGAUUGAGCAAUCCCAGAUAUUUAUACAAAGGUCAUCCCGUUCUGUUUUAAAAAAGUUCGAGGAUGUAAAGUAAGCCUGCUUUGUGAGGAUUUCUGUCCAUGAUCUUUCAAAGCUCUCCAGUUUCUUAAAGACUAUUCAUUUCCUCAAAACUUACUUCUCAAGCUGAAAAAGUCUUUUUCAGAUUCUCUGUGACCAAACACUUUUUCUUGAUUCUCAACAUUCUGACUGAUUUGAUCUGCGCUCCAUUGGCCUUAUAUCUGACCCGUCAGUUCUACAGAUCCACUGUGAUUCAUCCAAGUCUCAAAUUGGUUUAUGUCGUCCAUUUUUGCACUUAUCAAGUUUUCUGCAUCUCUUCGAUUGUUUGCCUUCUUCACCAGGGCAACUACCUCACUAUACCGAGUAAGAAUUAUUGUUUUUUCACUGCUAACAAGUCUGAAAAUGGGCAUGAUGCUAAAAAAGCAGUUGCGACAAAUAUGGCUUUGUAGAGUUAGAAAAAGGUUUUGAAGUUCAAAAAUUGCCGGGAUAAGUGGAAAAUAACAUGCCUCACCAAUUAAUAUAUUUUUUUGACUUAUAAAAGCCACGACGUUUCAAAACUCAGUAAAACCAACGAACAUUUUUUUUUCAAUAUUUUUCGGAACUUACAUGCGUAAGGCUUAUGAAAAUGAAAACAACAGUAUGAAAAAGACUUCCACUUUUUUUGAGACCUUUUUAACUUUGAAGAUUUCAGAAACCUUCCCUGAAGAUCUCCUAAUCACGAUUUUCGGAAGCCACAAAAUGGAAUACAUGUGGUCCCAAGUGUUAUUUACGUUGGUAAUCGUGAUCGAAAGAUUCGUGGCGACCAUCCGAAUGAGAAAGUAUGAGAGGUCAAGGAACAUAACUCUCGGAGUUUUUCUCUGCAUUUUGGAGGUAUUUCUGUAUAACCAAUGAUAAAAUCGAUCAAAAUCCGUUCAGCAAGCCGUAAGUGGAUAUUUUGGGUAUCUAUCACUUACUUUAUCCCUUCCAUUACUCGAAACGUUUCUACUUCUGCUUUUCCUCAUUCUUCCAGUUGCUAUUGUGAGUCUGAUGACUUCAAUCAGAAAGUAUUCGUAAAUUUAAAAAUUCAGAUGUUCGGUUUCAUUUUUUAUGUAAAUAAGUCUAGAAUGGCUCGAGUAUCAACUUUCACAUUGGGUACGAAAUAUCAGCUUAUGGAAAAUCUACACGUUUUCAAGGUUUUUUUAAAUUAAAAAAAUAAGAUUGAGUUCAAGAAAGUUUUUUUCCAGACCCUACGUUCUAUAGUCGGAUUAUCUGGGUUCUGUCUAUUCUCCACAGAUAUUUUGAUAACUAUCACCAGAUUCAUCGAUAUCAGCGGUCCGAAUGGCUUCUGGCAGAUUAUUAUUUGUUUCGUGACUGAGCUCAUCUUGACAAUGUAA